AUGGAAGCGGUGGCCGCCUACGGCGUGGACAAGCAAUUCGCCCCCAACCCGGUUCGCCUCUUGGAGCCUGCAGACAACCCCCAGGCGCGGAAAAACUUCAGCGUCAGUCACCUCCUGGAUCUGGAGGAGGCGGCGGUCGGCAUGAACGGAGCCCGGGAGCCCGGCUCGGAGGCUGGGGAAGGCGGCAAGGGGGCGUUGGAGCCCUCCGGGGGGAGCAGCGGCAGUGACACUGCCAAGCAAAUAAGUGAUUCUGUAUCUCCACGCUCCUCCACCAAAAGGAAAAAGAAACAACGGAGGAACCGAACCACGUUCAACAGCAGUCAGCUACAAGCUCUAGAACGGGUCUUCGAGAGGACACACUAUCCUGACGCUUUUGUCCGGGAGGAAUUGGCCCGAAGGGUCAGCCUUAGUGAAGCCAGAGUCCAGGUGUGGUUUCAGAACCGAAGAGCAAAAUUUCGCCGGAACGAGAGAGCCAUGUUGGCCAACCGGUCGGUAUCGCUCCUCAAGUCAUACACGCAAGACACAGCCAUCGAGCAGCCCGUCGCUCCCCGGCCCACCACCCUAAGCCCCGAUUAUCUAUCCUGGUCAACCACCUCCCCCUACAGCAACACAAUGCCUUCAUACAGUUCCAGCACCCCCAGCACCCCAACCCCUGGGGUCAACAUGGCCAACAGCAUCGCCAGCUUGCGCCUCAAAGCCAAAGAGUUCAGUCUCCACCAGAACCAGGUACCCACCGUGAACUGACAGAGCCUUCCAAUGUGCCCAUCCUUCCUCAGUUUUCAACAGCAUCCUUGGCAAUC